UCAAUCGCAUAAGGGGCAGAGGUGUCAAAACCGAGGUGUAUGGCUAGGAGUCUUGGCCUUCUUUAAGAUGUACCAUAUGUAUCUAUCAUAUUUAUUCCAAUCGCAUAUCUCUUCAAACAACUUUUUACGUAUUGACCUUUAUGACACGACACAUGACAUAAUGCCCUCAUGGACCUCUGUGGCUGUACUACAAUACUCACUACACAAAUGUGCUACCACGCCUCACCCAUCCAUUUUGAUACAACUGAAAUGCGCCGUAGAUCCCGGGGCGCUGCAACUUGCAUUAGCAAAAUGGCCACGCAUGACCAUAGAAAGGCUCUCAUCAUUCUCUAGAGACAAUGAAAAUGGGAAUUGUAGCGAGCCAUUGUCGGAUGUGCGUGAAAUGGCGGCCUCUCUUAUCACACGAAAAAUGAUUUACAGAUUGCUAGAAGAUUCACUAUUCCUUUUCACAUACGCUCUUCCUCCACUGAGUCGGUGACAACCUGCUAGGACUCAGUGAUGCCUUUCAUUUUGAAACAAACAUGCCAAGUAGGACAAAGUCCACAGAGCUUCUUUCCGCGCAUGAGCCACUUGCUCUUAGUCUUGGGGAACUAUUUAAACAUAGGGUCAAGAAACUUUGACAGCUCUCUACAUUUCGUUCUCCGUCAUCGUCAAUAGAUAUAGCAUAGAGCAUGAAUACAAAGCUUAGUUGUUGUUCACUCCUUUCAAGCAACGGCCAUGAUGAUAUCAUCCCCGUAAUGAAUCCAGGGCUAGGCGACGCAUUCGGCUAUGCCCCAAUGUAAAAGGAUAGGAAUUGAGUGCAUUUUCUAACAACGGUACCAUCUGAGGUGGCCAUUUCCUAUUCACUUUGGUUGAGCACAGACUAUAGCAAUAAAUGCUUUG